GAGAGCACUUCAACAUCCCGCCAGGGAAGCUCAGAAGAGCCAGCUCACCUGCUGCCACCCAACUCUUCAGACAACACCACCCCUCCUCUCUCAGGUUGGACCCUUCUUAACAGCCACGUUGUCUGAACAGGUUGGACCUCCCCUCCUCUCCUCCGCUCUCUCCUCCUCUGGACCAUGGUCCGUCCGACCAGCUGCAUCAUGAGCAUCCCUCCAAGUGCCAGCAUUGAGAGUCAGGUGCCUGCUCCCUGGAGUGCCCCCUUCAGCUGCACAGAUGUGUCCCCCGCGAUGUCGGGGUACCCAGGACGUGCCUGGAACCAGGACACCCACCCGCAGUUCUGGUCCAAGUACCAGGUGUGGGAGUGGCUGCAGCAAACUCUGGAUAUGCACCAGAUCGAUGCCACCAGCAUCCCCUUCCAGAACUUUGACAUUGACGGCCACCAGCUCUGCAGCAUGAGCUUCCAGGACUUCACGCAGGCAGCUGGCUCCGUGGGGCCCCUGCUCUUCCAGAGCCUCACAGACCUCAAGUGGAAUGGUCAAUAUGGCAUAGAGAUUUUUACUCCACUGGACAUAAAAACUGAAGUGGAUGAAUUUCAGUGCACUAUGCCAACAUUCAGAGAGGACUUCAACAACUGGCCGUCAACAGACCUUGUCGACAUCAAGGCACAAUUCCCAGUAUCUGUCCCCAUGGCCUCCCCCACACCCUCCACUCCAGAACCAAAACGGCAACAAAAUCGCCCCCAAACAACACAGCUCAAAAAGCACAAUCCACGAGGUACACACCUUUGGGAGUUCAUCCGUGACAUCCUUCUCCACCCGGAGCGGAACCCAGGCCUGAUCAAGUGGGAGGACCGAUCAGCGGGGGUAUUCCGCUUCCUCAAGUCCGAGGCAGUGGCACAGCUCUGGGGCAAGAAGAAAAACAACAGCAGUAUGACCUAUGAGAAACUUAGCAGAGCUAUGAGGUAUUACUACAAGCGAGAGAUACUGGAGCGAGUGGAUGGACGCAGGCUGGUUUACAAAUUUGGAAGAAAUGCCCAAGGCUGGAGAGAAGCAGACAAAUGAAGAGAUCCAUCCCAGUGCUGGGCCUUUUUUUCCAAGAACC